AUGUCGGGUCAGAGGACUUCUCCGCUCAAGAACUUCUUCGCGGGUGGAUUCGGUGGCAUGUGUUUAGUGACUGCCGGACACCCGUUGGACACAAUCAAAGUACGGCUGCAAACAAUGCCCAAACCAGUGGCCGGACAGUCGGCCCUCUAUUCCGGAACCUUUGACUGCGCGAAGAAGAUUGUGGUCAAAGAGGGAGCUCUCGGUCUCUAUAAGGGAAUGGCCGCUCCUCUGACGGGAGUCACCCCUAUGUUUGCCGUCUGUUUCCUCGGCUUUGGUAUCGGAAAGCGUAUACAACAGACCACUCCCGACGACCCCUUAACUCUCGGUCAGCUGUUCAAAGCGGGAAUGAUUUCCGGUGUUUUCACGACAGCUAUUAUGGCUCCGGGAGAGCGAAUCAAAUGUCUGCUUCAGGUGCAGGCGGCCGAAGCCAGCGGCCAAAUCAAGUACAGGGGACCCGUCGACUGCGCCAAACAGCUGUACGCCGAGGGAGGCCUUAGAAGUAUAUAUAAGGGAACGGCGGCCACACUGUUGCGUGACGUUCCCGCCAGUGGUAUGUAUUUUAUGACAUACGAGUGGUUGCAAAAGGUGCUAACGCCCGAAGGCAAGUCCCGAAGCGAUUUGAGCGCCGGUCGCACACUGUUUGCCGGAGGAAUGGCCGGCAUUUUCAAUUGGUUGGUCGCUAUUCCUCCCGAUGUCCUUAAAUCUAGACUCCAAACGGCUCCGGAGGGCACAUAUCCUAAAGGCAUUAGAGAUGUGUUCAAAGUAAUGAUGAGAGAAGAAGGUAUACGAGCUCUCUAUAAAGGCGCCACUCCUGUCAUGUUAAGAGCUUUCCCCGCAAACGCCGCCUGUUUUUUCGGCUACGAGUUGGCCAUGAAAUUCCUCAAUAGGGUUGCGCCCAAUCUUUAA